AUGAACGAAAUACUUCCCGUACCAUUAACAUGCAAAGCCGGUGUCGUCACAAGACAUCGGCCCGACUUCCAACUCGAAGUCGUUGAGGUGCCUGUCCCCGUGCCAGGACCCAAUGAGAUCCUCAUUCGUCUGAACGCAACGGGCAUAUGCUAUAGCGAUAUCCACUACAUGCUUGAAGACUUGCCCUUGCCGCGCAUGGGAGAUUAUGGGGUUCGAUCGCCUGGCCAUGAGGGCGCCGGUGUCGUUGUCAUGGUUGGGUCGCAGGUCAAGAAUUGGAAAAUUGGGGAUCGUGCAGGCAUAAAGCCUACGUGGGAUACUUGCAUGGCUUGCGAGCUAUGCUGGGGUUCCCAUGAAUGUCAUUGUCCGCAAGCUAUACCUACGGGUCUCAAAGUUCCCGGAACGUACCAGCAGUACAUUGUCAGCCCCGCCAGAUAUGCUUCUCCCAUUCCUGAUCGCGUCGACGAUUAUUGUGCAGGUCCGAUCAUGUGUAGUGGUUCGACUAUAUACCGAUCUAUUGUAGAAUCUGGCGUUCGCCCAGGCAACUGGAUCGCCAUUUUGGGCGCCGGCGGAGGUGUAGGUCACAUGGGUGUUCAAUUAGCAAAGGCCAUGGGGCUUCGAAUAAUCGGCGUCGACUCUGGGGAGAGCAAGCGAAAUUUAUGCCUUGACCUCGGUUGCGAGGCUUUCGUUGACAUUUCAACGACGAAAGAGAUGGCAUCAGAGGUGCGACGGCUUUCUUCAGGCCAAGGUGUCGAUGCCGUCUUCGUUACGGCCACAUCAGCAUCCGCUUAUCGCGCAGCGACUAGCAUGGUUCGGGUCGGUGGGAGAGUCAUGUGCGUGGGAAUGCCAGCAUCUGGGACGGCCAUCGCCGGUGAUGAUCCCAUGAUCUUGAUCUUGAAUAACAUCAAGAUUAUCGGUACUCUAACAGGGUCACUGAAAGAUACCCAUGAGGCCCUAGAAUUCGCAGCACGGGGCCUUCUGAAGCCAGUCUACCAGGUCUUUAGUCUUGCCGACCUCCCAGAAGUUGUGAGUUCUUUGAGGCUUGGCAACGUGACUGGUAGAUGCGUGAUCGACUUUAAUGCAUAG